GGGUGGAGGGCAGAGGUCCCCGGCCGUAGAGGAUUCCGGCGAGCGUGCGGGAUGAGCGGGUCCCUGGGCCGGGCGGCGGCGGCUCUGCUUCGCUGGGGGCGCGGCGGCCUGUGGGGCCCGGGUGUGCGGGCGGCGGGCUCGGGCGGCGGCGGCGGCGGCUCGGCGGAGCAGCUGGACACGCUGGUGAAGAAGGACAAGGUGGUGGUGUUCCUCAAGGGCACGCCGGAGCAGCCCCAGUGCGGCUUCAGCAACGCGGUGGUGCAGAUCCUGCGGCUGCACGGCGUCAGCGACUACGCGGCCUACAACGUGCUGGACGACCCCCAGCUCCGGCAAGGCAUUAAGGACUAUUCCAACUGGCCCACCAUCCCACAAGUGUACCUCAAUGGCGAGUUUGUGGGGGGCUGUGACAUCCUCCUGCAGAUGCACCAGAACGGGGACCUGGUGGAAGAACUGAAAAAGCUGGGGAUCCGCUCCGCCCUUCUAGACGAAACGAAAGACCAGGACUCCAAGUGAGGGCGGCGGGCCCUCCCUGAGCAGAGGCCGCCCCCCAGCGAGAGGGCCACAGGGGGCAGGCUCGCUGCCAGAGAAGCCUCACCAGGUCUGGCUGUCGCUGCCCAGCCAGCGGCUGGCUGGUCCCUCCGGCCUGUCCGUAGCGGGUGGUUUCAGUGUGUGGUGUUUGGGCUCAGAAUAUUGUAUUGUGAACUUAACGAUAACCACUGCCCUGUCCUAUCUGAUGGUCGAGUUGCUGUCAACAGAACUUGUUCUUGUGUAGUCAUUUGCCCUUUGCCUGAUUCAGGAGUUAACUGGGAGCUUCGAACUCACUGUUAUCCCUGAGUCCUUGGCCCACAUGUCAGUCUGCAGAGAACACAUCCCCGCCCCCAGCUUUUUGUAACUUGUUCUGUUCAGAAAAAUGCCGGACAAGGAAGAGAACAUGAUAACUGAGGUGUUGAUUUUUAAAAUAAACUGCCAGGGAUACGGUGUGUGAGCUUUUCACUCUGAAUAGCAGUGAGUCUCUAGUCUGUUCCUGCUGUAACCGAAUGCCGUGGACUCCGGCAGUUUACAAACCACAGACACUGUUUCUCACGGGUCUGGGGCUGGGAGUCCGGAUCAAGGCCCCGGCGGUUCAGUUCUGGUGACACGGGCGCCUUCUCACGGUGUCCUCACCAGGAAGCUCUCUGGGUCCCCUUUGUGAGGGCACUGGACCCAUUCCCGAGGGCUCCACCCUCAUGACCUGUCAUCUCCCAACCAUCGCUUCGGGGUUAAGUGUCAACAUAGGCUUCUGAGGGGACACAGACAUUCAGUUUGUUCCUGUGACCUUUUGAUUCGUAGAAACUAAGAAUGAUUUCACACUCUUCCAUUAAAUUUGCCACAAAAGUC